ACCAUGUCGUCGGAUUACGAUGAUUUUGUGGACGAGCUCCCCGUGCUAGGCGAUGAUGAGUGGGGUGCGCUGCUGUCGGGGGCGGCGGGCAGCACAACGACGGCGACAUCGACGACUACGCGGGCAGAACCCUCGUCGACGGGUCCGGGUACUCAUAAUGAUCUGAACGCGAACACUUCAGGGGCCCCUCCCGAGCCGCCGCCGCAGACUGUUCAAGAUGAGGCCGCUAGCGACACCGAAUCGACGGAUUACGGCGACGAUGAUAUCUUCGAUAGCACCUUUUUACAAGCCGUAGACGCUCUUGAGCGGGGUUUGACACAAGCAGAGUCGACAGUGCGUACUGCUACGCGGCAGGAGAAUGGCCCUAGCGAGGCUUCUACCUCUGCUAAUGUCAUCACUGCCAGCCCCUCCGCGUCCCGCAAACGCAAAGCCUGUGAAGGCCCCAGCGGUUCCAGCGAGAACACACAGAAGAGGACCCGGGUGGACGAACGUGGUCGCUUCGUGCCCUCUGCGUCCACGGCCAAGCCAGACCCAGUCAACGAGGUUCUCGCGAAGUUUGAGGACGAGCUUAGCUGCCCCAUUGUGGCCGCGCACGUAACGAACCCCUGUGGCCAUAGCUUCUGUGGGGAGUGCGGGAACCAGUGGUUGAAGAUUAAUAAGAAGACUGUUUGUCCCAAUUGCCGGACCGCGGUGCACCGUAAAGCGCCCAUGAUACCCAACAUUGCUCUCGACCACGCUAUAUCUGUCUACGUCUCGUCCUUGGCCAAUAACGGUAACGCGGAAUGGGCUUCUGGCGGCGCGAAGUUCGCCGAGUUCGUCUCGAGGCAAGAGUAA